AUGAACACUCCCCGGAGCCCCAGCCAGCCGCUCAACUACUUCCAACAGAGUCCGGUUCGAGGGCAGCUGGAGAGCCCGGAUGGGCAGUACGCGAGGAGCGGAUGGCGGUAUCUGCAAUGCACGGACACGCCAAAUGAACUCAGGGUGCUCUUGCCUCCCCGCACAGCACUCAUCUACAACCACCUCCUCCGCGCAGAGCUCAUCGAGCUCCGUAAGGACCGCGACGCAGCAUGGGACCGCAUCCUGCAGAUCCGUCACCUCAAAGACCGCAUGAUCCGCAAAUGCCAGCGACUCGGCAGGGAGUCCGCGCCCACAGGCAAGCCCUCCCCGCGCAGCAUGUUCUUCACCGUGCACGCGCCGCCCGACUUCCGCCUGAAGGAGAUGGAGCGCUGGUUUCGCGAGCAGGGCGCGCACUUCGGGUCGGACGUCGCGCAGGGGCACUCGCGCACACCCUACUGCUGCAACAAGUGCAUGCCGUCUGCGCACAUGAACCAUCAGGGAAGCCUCUCGCGUAGGCCGUCUGCGCAGGCUCACCGACACGCUCCUCCCCCGGAUCGGGUGCCUGCGCGUCGCGGCGACUCGGUCACGCACACGACGACGACCCUGCUGAACCCAUCGCCUCCUUUAACGAGCCAACAUCCCAAGCGGCAGCCUCCACAAGGCUACAAAUCCCCAGGACGCGUGCCCGCCGUCGUGCGCGACCCUGGGCAUGUCUCGCCUCACCGCAAGACCAUGGAGCGCAAACGGUCCGCAGGGUCGGACGUCAGCAUCGCGACGCGUUCCACCCGCCUGAACGCGAAGUCGCCGGACCCCUUGCCCAUUCCGUUCCGCAUGCACGACCCAGACGAGGAGGCCGCCUUGGUCGACUCGCCAGGCAGCUCGCAGGACGAGAUGCCGUCCACGUCCCCGGAGCCGGAGCCGGAGCCGGAGCCCCUCGAGGCCCCUGCCCUCCCAGCGCUGAACGGCCAGCUGCCCACAAUCCUCGAGGCGUCUGAAGGGCAGGCCUCAGUCGCCGGCGAGGAUGCCCACCGCGCGAUCCCCCGUCGACGCAGCAGCCUCAAGAGAGCGGGCAGCAUCAGCAGGCUAAGCAUAGCGAGCCAGACCAAGUCCGUCGCGUGGGCCAUGGACCGGGAUUGGAUCGAGCAGAUGUCGCAGUACAUGAAGACCGCGAACGAGGCUGAGGUGCUCGGGCACGAGCUCGAGGUGCUGCGGGUGGACUACCACAAGGAGGUAGACGCAAUGAAGCGGAUGUGCCGCGGCGUCUCGGAGGCGUCCGAGCGGAUUCGUCUCGAGAUGGAGAAACUGCACAGAGACGAGGAGGCGGUGAGGAGGCAGGAGGACAGGCUGCUCCAUACCAUCGAGCAGCUGGAACGGAAGGAGACGCAGUUCCGCGACAAAGGCAUGUCUUGUUCUAACAUUACUGCCCACAUGGUUGGCUGA